AUGAACACAUCCGGGAUCUACGAGAAUGAGCGCGGCCAGGGCAUGUCCCACUCGACGGGCCCGUCAAAGAUUCCCGAGGGUAUUGCACGACACGUUCCUAAAGGUCUGGAGGAAGCUCUGCCUGAUUCUAUACACCCUACCGGUACCUUUCCUGGGCAGUCUACCGAUAAAUCACAUGCCAAGGAUAGUGGCGAUGCUUCCAAGGUUCCCCAGAAGCUCCAGGAGAAAUUGCCAGAGAGCGUUGAGAGAGCGGUUCCAAAUGCUAUUCACGAUACUGGCAACACCAGCGGCGUUCAUCGCACAAAUUAA